AUGGAGCAGACGAAAGCUCUCAAUGCUCUCGAGCCCUUCCUGGCUCUGAGCAAGUCAGCAACUUCCCCACGUGCCGCGGCCGACCUCAUCACCCGCGCGACCUCGAACCCAAACACCUUCCUCUUCACAGAGCUCCUCGAGACCCCUCAAAUCCAAGCCCUCGCUCAGUCUCCCGACUUCCUUCCUCACCUCCGCCUCCUCGAGAUCUUCUCCCACGGCACCUACGCCGUCUACCUCUCCUCCGGCCAACAACUGCCCCAGCUCAACGAUGCCCAAACCCUCAAGCUCCGCCAGCUCUCCCUCCUGACACUCGCCCGCGACCGCUCGAACCUGAGCUAUGCCGCCCUCCAGUCCGCCCUCGGCCUUCCCUCGGCCCGCGCCCUUGAGGAUCUCGUCAUCUCGGCAAUCUACGCCGGCCUCCUAGACGCCACCCUCGACCCCCACCGCCAGGUUGUCCAGGUAAACUCCCUCGCCGCCUUGCGAGACCUCGCACCGGGCGCCGUCCCGUCCAUGAUCCGUGCGCUGCACGCCUGGUCGUCACGCUGCGAGUCGACGCUUGAGGGGCUCGAGUCCCAGAUCGCCGGCAUCCGCGAGGCCGCCGCCCGCCGCCAGCGAGACAAGGCCGAGCAGGAGGCCCGCUUGGCGAAGCUGGUCGAUGAGGUACGGAAAGACCCCGAGGCCGGGGCGGGAAGGAAGCUCGCUGUCGGACACGGCGGCGGCGGUGAGCGCGGGAGCGGGUUCUUGGGACACACGUCAAGGGCGCAGCGGUACAACAAGAGAGGCAGCACGAGCAUGAUGGAUAAUACGGAGGAGAUAGACGACGAGGCGAUGGAUGUGGAUGAGGAGGACCCCGAGCAGGAGAAGAAGCGUGCCAGUCGACGGAAGCUUUAG